AUGUGGAGGUUCUUUGUUAAUCACUGUAAUGAGGAUUUCUGGUACAAAAGCGUGGAAUCUCUCUGUUUCUUCCGGUUCUGGCUAGGCUUUGGCAUUGGAGGGGAUUAUCCUCUCUCGGCUGUCAUAAUGUCAGAGUAUGCUAAUCAGAAAACUAGAGGAGCUUUCAUAGCCGCGGUUUUUGCCAUAGGAGUUGGAAUCUUGGUUGCCGGUCUUGUUGCAAUGAUCGUAUCCGCGGCGUUCUUGCAUGCAUUCCCAGCGCCAGAUUAUCUAACGAACCGUGUUUUAUCAACUCAGCCCGAGGGAGAUUUUGUUUGGAGAAUUGUACUCAUGUUCGGGGCUGUACCAGCUAUGAUGACGUACUAUUUGCGAAUGAAGAUGCCUGAAACUGCAAGGUUCACUGCCUUGGUCGCUGGAGAUCACAGGAAAGCCGCAUCAGACAUGGCAAGAGUACUAGACCGAAACAUACAGGAUGAUGAAGAGCCUUACAAAGUUGCAUCAAAACCUGAGUCUUCGUAUGGAUUAUUUUCUGGAGAAUUCAUGAGAAGGCAUGGACUUCAUUUGAUUGGAACUUCUACUACUUGGUUCUUGCUGGACAUUGCCUUCUAUAGCUUGAAUCUGACACAGAAGGAUGUUUUCCCGUCCAUCGGUUUGUUGAAGAAGGGAUCGACCAUGAAUGCCAUUGAAGAGGUCUUUAAAAUCUCCAGAGCGAUGUUUCUAGUCGCGCUCUUUGCCACUGUCCCUGGUUACUGGUUCACAGUUUUUUUCAUUGACAAGAUUGGACGUUACCUAAUCCAACUGGGAGGGUUCCUUAUGAUGUCCAUUUUCAUGGCAAUAAUGGGUAUUCGGUACUCGGACCUGAGAGGAGAAAAGGACAAGUGCCCCAAAGAUUCAACAAGUGACUACUGUGGUGGAAACAAGAUAGCAUUUGCCAUUCUCUCCGGAUUGGCAUUCUUCUUUGCGAACUUCGGACCCAACAGUACUACCUUCAUUGUCCCGGCAGAGCUUUUUCCAGCAAGAUUUAGAUCAACAUGUCACGGAAUCUCAGCAGCGGCAGGAAAAGCUGGUGCGAUAAUAGGUGCAUUUAUUGUGCAAGGUUAUACUUUAGAUGGUAACUCGAAAAAGAUCAGAAAAGCAAUCAUAGGGUUGGCAGUUGUCAAUCUGCUAGGAUUUUUCUGCUCUUUCAUGGUUCCAGAAACAAAUGGCCGAUCACUCGAGGAAAUUUCAGGAGAAGAUAAGGAUUUUGGUGGAGGUGGUGCUGCAGUAACUGAUGAGAAGGUAAAAGACUCCAGUACAGACACUUACCAUGCUGGUAAUUCAGUAUAG